UUCGCUUCGUGCCGGGAAGCCGCUUCAUAACUCAAAAGUUUAUGCGGACUUUUGAGUUAAUUCGUUUGGGGUUCGGAGUAGGAGUCUACUCCGAGGGUGGGGGCUUAGGUUUCAUCAUCAUCACCUUUCAUCAUUUCAUUAAUCAUCAAGAAAAAAAAAUACGUAAGACAUGGCUGUAUGGGCAUAGUUCCCUUUGCCUUACCCUUCGGGGAAAAACAAAACAAAAAAAAAAAAAAAAUUGUCUGGUAGAAAUUCUGAAUUUUUUAGAAUUAUUACCUGUAAAUCCGACAAAAUUACGUCUCAGUGGAUAAAAUUUUGUGUACCGUUAGGUUGCUUCUUAAUUUUAUCAAAUAUGGCUUGGCGGAGCCAUGGAAUAAACAAUGUCGAUAUGGUUCGGAACCUUCGCGCCAACGGCAUCAUCAAAUCUGAUAAUGUUGCCAAUGCUAUGACUGCUGUUGAUCGAAAAAAUUACUGCCCGUAUGCCCCGUAUCAUGAUUCCCCACAAUCAAUAGGGUAUUCCGCUACCAUCAGCGCUCCCCAUAUGCAUGCUCAUGCACUAGAAAAAUUAAAGGGCCAGCUGAUACCUGGUGAGAAGGCAUUGGAUGUAGGCUCUGGAUCUGGUUACCUGACUGCUUGCAUGGCUAUCAUGCUUGGUGAAACUGGGAGAGUGGUUGGCAUUGAACAUAUACCAGAACUUGUCACUAUGGCCACAAAAAAUAUACAAUCUGAUAACCCACAGUUGCUAACAUCUGACAGAGUUAAAUUAGUUGUUGGUGAUGGUCGCCAGGGCUAUCCAUCAGAGGCACCAUUCAAUGCUAUACAUGUCGGAGCAGCAGCUCCCCAUCUGCCCAAUGCUUUGAUUGAACAGUUGAAACCUGGAGGUAGACUGAUAGUUCCAGUGGGGCCAGAGGGUGGCGAACAACACCUCACGCAGGUGGACAAGGCAGCUGAUGGCACCACUACAGUGAAGAAGUUGAUGAGCGUGAUCUACGUCCCUCUCACUGACAAGGACCACCAAUACCGUUUCCGAACUGGAGGCCCAUGGAAAAGAAGAGAUUUAUAAGACUUAAAAUUACACUAUUUAUUUUAACUUUUGUAUUUUCCAUUAAAUUAAAUUAUUUAAACGAUGUUACAUAA